AUGCUGGUCAAAAACCCCCGACGGCUUGCCCUGUUGUUCAUGGUGCCCUUGAUCUUCAUAACAACAUGUAUCGUUUUAUUCCAACACAGUCCGAGCAGUGCGAGCGGGCAGACGGGCUUAUGGACAGCUGAUCUGCUGAAAACAGACUCUACGAAUUCUGAAGGCUCGGCCGAUCAAGACCAAGUCUCUUUUUUGUCCUUCGGCAAGCACGGGAAGCUCCAGCAUGAAUUAUCCGAGAAGUACGUGGAGGUCUUCUCAGCCUCGACAAAGAACAAGCAAUAUUUCCUUGUGGACUUCGGAGGCGAAGAAGCGAUCAACCCCAGCAUAAUACCGCAUCCUGCAAAGCCAGAAACUUGGAUCAUUGUGGCACAGCAGCUUCGGGCCAAGGACGUGGACAAGUCGAUAUGGUUCUCCGAGCUCGUUUGCGAAGCAAAGUUCAAGAAGGGCAAGCUCUCGUGCACCAAGCCACCCAGAAAUCUACCCAUCGCAGUGACCGCAGGCGACAAAUGCGUCGGCGACUUGUCGUACUUCGCCUUCAGCAUCGGACCACACGACGCCAGGGUUUUCUAUGGCCCAAGCUCGCCCUUGGUCGUCUUCGGAUCGAAUUCAGGCUAUACUUGCUUCGGCCAAUGGAUCCAGGACUUCAGAGUGCUGGUCGACUGGCAUUACGAGACCAUCAGCGGGGCUCCGUUUCGUCUGGCCACCGAGCUUCAGAGGCCUCCCCCAAUGGGCCUGAUCGAGAAGAACUGGUUCGUCUUCUGGGACAAGGGCGGCGAGGCAUAUGUCCAUUACGACGCUUGGCCCAAUCGCGCGUACGCGAAGCUGGACAGGGACGGUUCCGUGAAUGGAGGAGACAUGGCACACAUGGCUAGAUACAGCGACGAAAAAUGUAUGCAGAGAUUCAUGCCCAAGGUCGCCGAGUCUCUGGAAUCGAUCCACCAGGCCACCAACUCCCUGGCCAUCACGCUGUGCAAGCGAUCCGAUCUGGGCUGCGAACCCAACGACGAGAACACCUACAUCAUGACCAUCAUCCAACACAAGAGCUACUAUUCGUUCCACAGCGUCUACGAGCCGUAUGUCAUCCUGUUCAAACGCACCGCUCCAUUUGAGCUCCAUGCGAUUUCGUCCAAGCCCAUCUGGAUCCACGGCCGAGGCAAACCUGGCGAGAAGCGACCGAAAGGGCCCGAGUUUGAGUCGCUGGACUCUUGGGACCAGACGGAAAUGUUCUAUGUGACUUCUAUGAGCUGGAAGUCGCAGGGUCAGAAGUACCACGGCUACAGCGAUGAUGUUGUAUUUAUUAAUUUCGGAAUCGAGGACUCCAAGGCUGCAAGCAUUGACGUUGUUGCAGGAGACUUGCUGAAGGAUAUAGGGUUGUGUUCGUCGUCUUGA